AAUUUAAUGAACAGAGACAAAUCUGCAAAGAAUGGGACCAGAAGCCAAGCUUAUGCUCCCUUAUUGGAUGGAGAAAGGACCCAUAUAGAGAGUGCAGAGGAUGAAGGCCCCACACUUUUUGAUAAGAAUCCUUUUGAGCAUAGUUGGCUCAUAUCCAAGAUCUUCUUCAGCUGGGUCACUCCAUUAGCAAGAUACGGAAGGACUCAUCACUUGAGUGCUAGGGACUUAGAACCUUCAUUACAGAAGUUGAAUGCGGAGCAUCUCCAUGACGACUUCGUCAAGAAUUGGGAUGAGGUGCCUCAUGAUCAUAAAAAUGCAAUUUUUAAAGCACUGAUAAAGACAUACAAGAGGGACUUCUUAUAUGCAAUGGUGAUCAAUUUCUUCCAAGUAUGAGUAGACAUCUCAGUACCCUUCAUGCUUUAUGCAAUUAUUGAGUUUAUGAGUGCAGAGCCUGACGAAGGCCAUGGUAUUGGUUAUGGUAUCUUCCUGAUCGUUACGUACCUUUUAAUUGAUCUCCUGGCAAAAUUACUUUCUCAGCAAGGUAACUACACCCAAGGUAUAUUAGGAGCCAAGGCUUAUACAGGACUAUGUGCAUUGACUUACAAUAAGAUACUUAGAUGUAGUUCUGCUACGAACAAGUCAUUCGCUCAAGCAGAGAUCAUCAAUUUUAUCCAGGUGGAUGCACAGAAGAUUAUGUAUCUUGCUUGGGUACUCCCUGUUGUAGCAAGGUUACCCAUACAACUUAUAUUUGCGAUUACGUACCUGUUCUACUUCUUCGGAGUCAGUCUACUAGGAGCCUUUGGCAUCGCCUUUGUUGUCGUCAUUCUUAACUUCUUCAUUGCUGUAAUUGGUCAGAAGAUCCAAAAAGUUGUGUUGUUCAGGAAAGAUGAAAGAAUGAGGUUCACAACAGAGCUGAUCAAUAACAUUAAGAUCAUCAAACUUAAUGGCUGGGUCAAAUAUUUCUUAGACAAGGUAAAUAAUUCCAGAGCGAAAGAAAUUAAAGCUAUCAUAUGGGGAUUCUUAGUAUUUGCAGUCAAUGUCUUCUCGAUGUUUAUUUUAAGUCCCUUGCUAGUCUUGGUUACAUUUGCUAUCUUCUUUGGAACAGGCCAUACAAUGACAUUAGCUCAAGGAUUUGCAUCUUUACAAGUACUAGGACAGCUGAAUAUGCCACUCAGAUGGAUCCCCCAAUUCAUUGGUGUUUUCAUGCAAUUUACAGUCUCAAUGAGGAGAAUCCAAAAGUUCCUGAUCUGUGAUGAAAUAAAUCCCGCAAUAGUUGAGCAGAACAAUCCAGAAUGAAUGCAAAAAGGUAUUGACAUCCUUAUCGAGAAUGCUAACUUCACAUGGGGUGGACAGAAGAAAGAAGAAUCUAAAGACUCUAAAGAAAAGAAAGACAAUAGCAAGAAGGGCUCCCCUAAACCUUCUCACAAUAUUAAUUCGGAUAACAGCAGCGAAAGUGAAGAUCUUGACUCUGCUUCGACUACAUCUGAUUCUGAUAAGGAUGAGAAGGCUGCAAAAGUUGACGAAGGCAUUCAGAUCAAAGAUCUCAAUCUUAAAAUUCAAAGAGGAGAGUUCAUCUGUGUCAUUGGAGGUGUAGGAUCUGGAAAAUCUUCCCUCAUCAGUGCACUUUUAGGCGACAUGAUUUACAUCUCAGAUGAGACUAUCCAAGAAUUUGAGGGGAAACUCUUUGAAGACGCCAGGCAUGAAAUCAUUGAAAGGGCAAAUAAAGAGAGAAAUGUCAUCAAGCUUGGAGGUUCUGUGAGCUAUGUCCAGCAACAGCCUUGGAUCCAGAACAAAACUAUUAGAGAUAAUAUCUUAUUUGGCCUUCCAAUGGAUGAAGAUAGAUAUAAUCAAACCAUUGAGCUUUGAGAGCUAGCUAAUGACUUAGAAAUCCUUCCUGGAGGAGACUUGACUGAGAUCGGAGAAAAAGGAAUAAACCUCAGCGGAGGACAAAAGGCUAGGGUAAGCCUAGCCAGAGCAGUCUAUGCCAACUCAGAUAUAAUUCUCAUGGAUGACCCAAUUUCAGCUCUUGACUCUAAUGUGAAAAAGAGCAUCUUUAAAAACUUGUUCUGAGGUGAACUCAGAGGAAAGACCAGAGUACUCGUCACCCAUGCAGUAGAGUUCCUCGACCAAGUUGACAGAAUCAUCGUCAUGGAGAAAGGAAAGAUUAAGUACAAUGGAACUUAUGAAGAGAUUGAACACAGUGAUGAGAUCCAAGAUAUCCUAAAAUCCUUAGCUAAAACUGCAAAGAAAGAUAAGGAAGAAGAUAAAUCUGAAGCGAAUGGAAAAACUGAGAUUAAUGGAGAAGAAUCUACAGAAACACUUAAGAAGAGCUUCAUUAGCGAGAAAGGAACAAGCAUCACUGAGGAUGAGAACAAGGAAAAGAUCACAGUGGGAUGGAAAGUUUAUUUCAGCUUCUUUUUUAAGAACUACUCCUGGCUAUUUUACCUUCUCUUCAUCAUUCUUUCAAUGCUAUCCUCAUUUGCAUCAGUUCAGAAUGGAAUCUAUACAGGAAAAUUCAUUGACCCAAGAAGGAAGCCAGAUGAUUUUUGGAGGAUGUUCAUGAUUACUUUGCUAUUUGCUAUUGGCUUUGCAGUUUUGAUCACACUAGUAGGUACUGGUAUUUCCUUGGCAACAGUAAGGUUAACUAAAAAUUUACAUAUUGAUAUGUUGAAGAAGACAGCAAAUGCUCCAGUGAAUCUCUAUUUUGACAAAACCCCUUCAGGGAGAAUCCUCAAUAGGUACUCAAGUGAUAUAAAUAAGCUGGAUAAUGGAAUAGAUCAGAAAGUAGGAUGGGUAAUUAAUUGUUUCACCUUGGUCUGAUUCGACAUCUACGUUGCAGCUCUAAACACCCCAUUUGUGCUCAUAAUUAUUCCAUUUUUGUUGAUUGCAAUGAUAAUCUUGAUGAAAUUUUACAUCAAGACUUACAGAGAAGUCAAUAGGCUAGGAAGCGUAGCUCAUUCCCCUCUGAUGAAUAACCUUGGAGAGACUAUUAAUGGAGCAACUACAAUCAGAUCAUUCAUUCGGGAAGAAGAUUUUAAGGCAACCAACUACAAAGCGCUGAAUGUGGUUACUAACGUUGGGUUUUGGAAAGAAUCUCUCAAGAGCUGGUUUACCAUAAGAACUGAGUUCAUCUCCCUCUGUAUUCUUGGCUUCACGACUAUUUUCAUGCUGUUCUACAGAGAUAAUGUUAACCCUGUCUUGAUUGGUGUCCUCUUCAAUAGAUUCAUUCUCUUCAAUAUGAUGCUACUAUUCUCAUGCCAACUUUUGUCAGACUUAGAAGGCGAUCUUGUUAGUUAUGAUAGAUGCCUUAAGAUGCUGGAGAUACCACAAGAGGCUGCACAGAGGAAGGAAAUGGGUCAGUUAGUCAAUUGGCCAUCCCAAGGCCAAAUUGAAUUCGAGGACUACAGCUUGAAGUAUAGACCAGACACAGAACUUGUCCUUAAAAAUCUCAAUUUCAGCAUUAAACCAAGGGAGAAGAUAGGUAUUGUAGGCAGAACCGGGGCUGGAAAAUCAACUAUCUGUCUGGCUCUUUGUAGAAUUGUCGAAGCUUAUGAAGGAAAAAUCAUGAUUGACGGAGUGGAUAUUUCUACACUUGGUAUCGCAGAUUUAAGAGAGAGGAUAACCAUUAUUCCACAAGACCCAACUCUUUUUGAAGGAACUUUGAGAUUCAACUUGGAUCCUGUAGGCACUAUUCCUGAUCAUGAGUUAUUAAGCAUGGCUAAAAAGGCCAAUCUAGAAGACUUCAUCAAUAGAGAUGAUAAAGGGCUUGACCAAAGAAUCGAAGAUGGUGGCAAGAAUCUCAGUUCUGGAGAAAAACAAUUGAUAUGCAUCUUGAGAGCAAUUCUGAGAAAAAACAAAAUCGUUCUGAUGGAUGAAGCUACUGCUAAUAUUGACAUUAAGACAGAGCAGACAAUUCAGAAGUUGAUCCAUGAAGAGUUUGAGGACUCUACAGUGCUCACCAUUGCUCAUCGACUGAAUACGAUUAUAAAUAGUGACAGAGUACUCGUCUUGAGUAAAGGAGAGGUUGAGGAAUUUGAUGAUCCCCAAAGAUUACUUGAUGAUCAAAAUUCAAUGUUCUACUCCUAUGCAAAUGAACUUAAGAAGGAAGAAGAUAAGUAGUCUCUAAUAUUCCAUAAUUCAGCCAUUUUAAAUUUA